GACUCGCGCUGGCCGGGCCAUGGCGUCGCAAGGAGCCUCGUCGGGCGGCAGCCCCAUCCAGAUCCCCAGCCGCCUCCUGCUGCUGCUCACCCCCGAGGCCGUGCUGCUGCCGGGCUCCACCAUGCGCGCCAGCGUGCACUCGCCGCGGAACAUGCAGCUGGUGCGGAGCCGCCUGCUGAAGGGCACGUCGCUCAAGAGCACCAUCAUCGGCGUCAUCCCCGACACCCACGACCCGGCCAGCGACCUAGACCCGCUGCCCCCGCUCCACAGGAUUGGCACGGCGGCCCUGGCAGUCCAAGUGGUUGGCAGUAACUGGCCCAAGCCUCAUUACACGCUGCUGAUCACAGGCCUCUGCAGAUUCCAGAUUUUGCAACUGGUGAAGGAGAAGCCCUACCCGGUCGCCGACGUCGAGCAGUUGGAUCGGCUGGAGCAGUUCACCAACAAGUCUAAAACCGAGGAGGAACUGGGGGAGCUGUCCGAGCAGUUUUAUAAAUACUCAGUGCAGCUGGUUGAAAUGCUGGAUAUGUCGGUCCCUGCGGUGGCUAAACUCAGACGCCUCCUGGACAAUCUGCCCCGGGAAGCUUUGCCGGAUAUAUUAACUUCCAUCAUCCGCACCAGUAACCAAGAGAAGCUGCAGAUUUUAGACACGGUUGGCUUGGAGGAGCGAUUCAAGAUGACCAUCCCCUUGCUCGUUCGGCAGAUCGAAGGGUUGAAGUUGCUUCAGAAGACCCGGAAACCAAAGCAGGACGACGACAAGCGGGUCGUCGCCAUACGUCCCAUCCGAAGAAUCGCUCACAUUGCGGAAGAUGAGGAGGAGGAUGAAGACCACGAUGACGUCAUCAUGCUGGAGAAGAAAAUCCGAGCUUCCAGUAUGCCUGAGCAGGCUCUCAAGGUGUGCAUCAAAGAGGUAAAGAGGUUGAAGAAGAUGCCUCAGUCAAUGCCGGAAUAUGCCUUAACUCGAAAUUAUUUGGAGCUGAUGGUGGAACUGCCAUGGAGUAAAAGCACAAGAGACCGCCUGGAUAUCCGUGCCGCCAGAAUUCUCCUGGACAACGACCACUAUGCUAUGGAGAAGCUGAAGAAGAGAGUGCUGGAGUACUUGGCAGUCAGGCAGCUUAAGAACAACUUGAAGGGCCCCAUCCUUUGCUUCGUAGGCCCUCCUGGAGUUGGCAAGACAAGCGUGGGGAGAUCCGUGGCAAAGACUCUGGGUCGAGAGUUCCACCGCAUCGCCUUGGGAGGAGUGUGCGACCAGUCUGACAUCCGGGGUCACAGGCGCACCUACGUGGGCAGCAUGCCUGGGCGAAUAAUCAAUGGCUUGAAGACUGUCGGGGUGAACAAUCCCGUAUUCCUGCUCGAUGAGGUCGACAAGCUCGGGAAGAGCCUGCAGGGAGACCCGGCAGCGGCACUGCUGGAGGUCUUGGAUCCGGAACAAAACCACAGCUUCACGGAUCACUACUUAAACGUCGCCUUCGACUUGUCGCAGGUCCUCUUCAUAGCCACAGCCAACACCAUGGCGACCAUCCCCCCGGCGUUGUUGGACAGGAUGGAGAUCAUUCAAGUUCCAGGGUACACGCAAGAAGAGAAGAUGGAGAUCGCGCAUCGGCACCUGAUCCCUAAGCAGCUGGAGCAGCACGGCUUGACUCCUCAGCAGAUCCAGAUCCCCCCCGAGGCAACUCUGGCCAUCAUCACUCGGUACACCCGUGAGGCAGGAGUCCGCUCUUUGGACCGCAAAUUCGGAGCGAUUUGCCGAGCCGUGGCCGUGAAAGUGGCGGAAGGCCAGCACAAGGAGACGAAGCCAGAUCGCUCGGAAGUGACAGAAGGAGAAGAGUGCAAAGAGCACGUUGCGGAAGAUGCAAAACCCGAUGCCAUCAGCGAGACAGCUGACCUGGCCCUGCCACCGGAAAUGCCCAUUUCGAUUGACUUCCACGCCUUGAAAGAUAUCCUUGGGCCACCGAUGUACGAGCUGGAGGUAUCUGAGCGACUGAAUCAACCCGGCGUCGCGAUUGGCUUGGCUUGGACCCCCUUAGGGGGAGAGAUCAUGUUCGUGGAAGCCAGCCGCAUGGACGGGGAGGGCCAGCUGACUUUGACCGGGCAGCUGGGCGACGUCAUGAAGGAAUCGGCCCAUCUCGCCAUCAGCUGGCUUCGCAGCAAUGCAAAGAAAUACCAACUAACAAACGCUUCUGGAAGUUUUGAUCUCCUUGACAACACAGACAUCCAUCUGCACUUCCCAGCUGGAGCCGUCACAAAAGAUGGACCAUCUGCUGGCGUUACCAUAGUAACCUGCCUUGCUUCACUUUUCAGUGGGCGGCUGGUGCGUUCAGAUGUAGCCAUGACGGGAGAAAUUACACUAAGAGGCCUGGUUCUUCCAGUUGGUGGGAUUAAGGACAAAGUCCUUGCCGCACACAGAGCCGGGCUGAAGAGAAUUAUCAUUCCUCAAAGAAACGAAAAAGACCUCGAGGAGAUUGCAGCCAACGUGAGGCAGGAUCUGGAUUUUGUGAUGACGAGUUGCCUGGACGAAGUUCUUAAUGCUGCUUUCGAGGGGGGAUUUUCAGCCAAGACUAGACUUGAACACUUCAAUAGCAAACUUUAAGCAGAUUGACCAACUGGGGCUCGCACAGGGAACAGAACGCAAAGCUGAUGUCCAUGUGCCUGGCUAUAAAAACAAGAGUAUCGAAGCAGGGUCAUUAGCCAUCAGAUUUUUAUAGCAAUGGGUUGCUGUUCACCGGGACCCCUGUAAAUCUGCGAGCCAUUCAUAUUGGCCUUAAUAUGUACUAAAGGGGAACAGUAUAUGGAGAGAGAUCUCAACGCUAAGCUCUUAAUGAUGAUUAUUCCUUUCAGAUACGAAGUAGAGUUCCGCGAAGCAAGAGUACUAUCCAAUCACAGGAGCCCGCAGGAAACCAUUGCCUAAUAACAGUAAUGAUGAUGCUGGCUUCUUUCCCCUAGAAAGCUCGAGGUGAUUUUUUUACCUACUUGAAUUUCAGAGAUUUGGUUAAAUUGGCAUUGUAUUAGGCAACAGUGGAAUUCCCUUUUUCUAAAUCCUGAAGAAUUUAAUGCAAACAGCUCAGGUCUUGCAUGCAACUACUGAGGAGAUAAGCUAUUUUUGUCGUUGUCGUUUCCUACGAGACGAUUUACAAAAAAAGUGUUUGGAGGGGAUGCCUGAGGUGGCUUCAAUCAACACCUACGUCCCCGUAGGAAGCACCAGGAUUUGACUAGUCUGUGUACACUGGAAACAGAACCCUAUUCUGAUGAUAGUGACUGCAUAGAAUUGUUUGGCACCUCCUACUGUUGAUCCUCCUUUAAUUGUUUUAAAUUAUACACUGGGUAUGUUAAUCCCAUUUCACUGGGUAGGGGAAGCUUUACUUCUGUACAAGAGAUGAGCUGCCUAAGUUGUGA